UAUUCUAGAAGUGAAAUACCAAUAGCUAAUGAAAACCAGGAGAUCAUGGAUUUGGUGGAACCUGAUACUCCUCUUCCCUCUUGGUUCACAGAGGAAGAUCUUGCAACAUACGGAGCCUUGUAUGAGAAAUCUGGAUUCCAAACUGCAUUGCAGGUUCCAUAUAGGUCAUUAGGUGAAGUGUGUAACUUACCAGAUCCUGUGGUUAAAGUUCCAGCAUUUCUGAUAAUGGGUGGCAAGGAUUAUGUUCUGAAGUUUCCAGGGAUUGAGGAUUUAACAAAAGGUGAAAAGGCAAAAGAGCUUGUUCCCAAUUUGGAGGUUACAUUUAUCCCUGAGGGAACUCAUUUUGUUCAAGAACAGUUUCCCGAACAGGUGAAUCAGCUUAUUCUUGGCUUCCUUGCCAAGCACACUUGAUAUUGUACUUUGGCGUGGAAAUAGUCAUGAAUGGUGUACGUGGAUUGUGAAGAGUGGGAAAUUUAGCCAAAGUGCAAUACAAAAUGUUUAUUUCUGUGUAAUAUAUAUCAUGUCAGUGUUACACAUAUGCAGAGUUAUAAUUCGGCAGCAACGGUGUCUCAUGUAUAAUUUACAUAUGGCCGAAAUUUUACUGAAUUAAGGUGCAACUGCAAAAACAUCAAAAGUAGUAAUAUAUCAUAUUAAUAU